AUGCCAGCUUGUUUGCGUGAUCUGUUUGAGCAAACAAGCUGUGAGGAAGAAAAAUGCUUUGCAAACAACGCUUUUACCUCGGCGAAAUCUUACACAACGAUAUUGGGAAUAAACGGAAUGCAACUUCCUCCACCUUUGGUAUGAUCUGCUUUAUUAAAAGUAUAACUAGAAUGUUUACUUUCGGUGCAAAGAGGUCUUAACGAAGCCAGUUUAAGCUUAAGAUGAAUUGUGUUGACACAAUUUUUUGGCGUCAUUGCCACUUUUGUGCAAAUACGUAUGACUUGUUGGUGUAUUUGUAGUAUUUUCGCACAGGUUUGCAUUUUCAACGAAUUGAGAAAAACCUUUGUAUUCCAGCUCCUCCUUUUAAGUUCGUGCUAUAAAUAUCUGUACAAUUUCACUUUAGUAACGAAGUUCAUGUAAACGCUGUUGGCGUCUUUCCUCUUCAUUAGAAGUUGAUGUUGGCGCGUGAUUUACGGCAUGGCUAUGGCUUUCAUGAAAUUUAAUAAACCUGCAAAAUCUGCAGCUCAAGAAUGCCUACCCUGAAAAGGCAGGAAACUAAUUAUUCUGUGUAACAUUCAGCCAUUAGUCCCUUUGUCUUAAUAAAUUGGAUGAUUGUGUGUUAAUUUUUGUUUAGCAGUAAAAUGGUAUUUGUCCCGUUGAAAGCACUUUUAUAAUUAUCUUCACUAACAAUAAAUUACCAUAGUGACCAGCAUUUGUUUUUUUUCUAUGAUUAUGAUGCAAAUGUUUUGCUGUCUACCAUUAUUUUGCAGUUGGUAAACAUGAGUAAAAGUCAUAAUAAUGUGCAUCUGAUCACAAUAAUAUGGUCAUGGAAAAAUGCAAAAUUAGGCAGAUAUGUUCCACCAGGGGUAACUGAUGGUUGGUUAAUGAAACUGACCUUAGUAUCAGAGUUAAGAAGCUGUUGACUUGUGCUACUGAGUGCCAUAAAGCCAAUUGCUAUUUGUUGUUUUGACUUUUUUGUUGUGACAUUGCUAUUGCAAUUUGGUAUAUUUAACAAUUAUUCCUCGAGCCCGAAUGGGCUCUGAGUCAAUAGCCCAUGAGGCCGAAGGCCCUCAGAGGGCAUGAGGUCAAAAGAAAUAAUUGUUUUAGUAAAAUCCAACUAGUUGGUAAAAAAUAUCGAGACAAAACAACUUUAGCUACUUAAAGCUUGACUUUGCUGCCAAAAAGCUGGCGCUUUUCGCUGCUAGUGGGCUAUAUCAUAUAACCUAGUAGUAGCUCAACCAAUCAGAAAGCAGCAUUGAUAAUAGACCACUAGUUGGAUUUUACUAAAAAAUAAUACAGCUCAAGGAUAGUAGACUAGGUGAAUCGCAACUAGCAGGUGGAGACCUCUGUUCCAGGCUGUUUACAAGCAUGGCAGAGCUACAACUGUUCACAAAAAUGUUGAGAUAUGUCAUUAAAUGAGGUAUAUUUUGGAGAACAAAACAAUCUGGACCCAUCCCAGGGGAUGAAAGGGGAGAGCCCCUUUUUUUCUUCUUCUUGAGGGCAAAGUGUCUCAACUUAUUCAUUACUCCAAGCUGUGACCAUUUUGAUCACCUUGGCAAGAAGAUAAAAAAUUCGGCAACUAUAAUAUUGCAGCAAAUGUCACCAAUUUGGCAACCUGUGUUUAGUGGUCAUGUGCCAAGCUGUGCUUACCUAGACAGGUGUUUCAUCAGCUAAAGUUAAAGUAAGAUUUAAACAUUUGCAUGCAAUAUUAUUAUAUUUUACUUUUAUUUUUUUAUAAUUCACCUCUUUCACUUCGGUAUCCAGGUAUUAGGCCUUGAGAUGUUGCAUGCACCUCCAAAAAUUCAGUAAUUGCAAAAGUACUCUGCCAUGCAUGCUAUCUUCAGAAAAAAAAAUUAAGUAUCCAUAAACCAGUGUCUAUACUCUGCGAAAAGAGUUUUAGCUUUCUACCUUGCUCUAGAAAUUAAGAUCUGAUAUUUUUGGUAGAAGGUAGCCCAAUAAUGAUUUUGAAAUAGCUGAUAUGUAAAAUAAUUUAUAGUUAUGUUUGUUGUAGCUGACAGAAGAAGAGAGAGCUGAGAUGCGUGAGUACAGAAGACGGGCAGUGAGGUGUGAAACCAAGCUUUUUGACAGAAGGAGAGAAAAGUACUCUGACCUUAUCUUACAAGUCAUGUCUGUAAUGGACAGGAUUCAGGUACAGUGCCAAGAAAGAUAGCAGUUUGGCUUUUUUAAGCUUUAAUCUCCUAGCCAAAAUCAUUUUUUAACCUAUGUCUGCAGACUUUGGCUAUAUCACUGUGGUGGGUUUCAUGCCCUUUGACUUUUGUUGGUCUAAAGAAUCAUUUAGCUUCACAAUGCAGUUAAUAAAAACAUGAACAUUGAAUUGACUUACUGUGAAACUCACAAGACUGUGAACACCAGAAAUAUUCAUGGAAUGUUAUUGUGUUGUGAAGAAAGCCAAUAAGGCUUGAAAAAACCUAAACUGCAAACAGCAACAGUAGUUAGUUUGUGGUUUUGAGGUUUGCUCGCAAUGAAAAAUUGUCCCGAACUUCAUUAUGAUUGGUCACUACACAAUAAACAUUCCCGAAAUUUUUCAACCGUUCGCGGUUUUCUGAGUUUGACAAUAAUAUUCCAACUUUCUUACCUCUAAUCUGUUGGAUGUGUCUGGUAUUUCUUUCUGUUGUUUUUAAUGGAACCGCAGAAGGAAUUCUGUUUUGUUAUUUUUCUUAGCACCAGUGUACUGCUAACACUUGUAUUUUGUUUUAAUUCCACAGGGACAAAGAGAGGCAAAAUUGUUAACUGAAAUGAAUGAUGAUACCGAGAGUAUUUUAGAGAGAACAGUUAUUAAUGAAAUUGCCGACAUGGCAGGUACUAACAGAACAUUGCAGCAAAAUCAUUCACAACCUGUAACACAUGAACUGCAUCCAUUUGCUUUGGAUGUUUCAAGUUAUGGGAGAAGUUCUGAAAAUAAAACUGACCGAUCAAGAAGAGUGUUAAGCCAGAUGGGGUAUAUGCCUGAGUCAAUGCUCAUGAGCUCUGGUGAAAGUGGAUUAUUAGAACACCAGUUUGUAAGAAAAGCAGAUUCCAGGGAGAAAAUUCAAACUGUACCAUUGGGAUUUGACCGCAUGGAUAUUCCUCUUAGCUCCACAAUGGAUAAUGAGAUUUCCAAAAUUAAGAGACCUUUUUCACAACUGUCUGUUGCUGCUGAUGAAAUGUUCUCAGACAUUCCUUUGGAUUCAACUUUGAGAAAUAAAUCAGCGUCAUUUCAGCCAGAGAGGAAUGGACCGGAAUAUGAUUCUCUUGCAUCUACUUCCCUGUCUUUGGCUUUUUCAGGUGAGGGAAUGAUCUUGUUGGUAAUAGAGUUUUCAGAAUUGAUCUUUUUAUAAACCAGAACUCUUAGGCCAUGUUCAUAAGUGUGUUCCCACGGUGUCAAUGUAUGAUACUUGCUUUGAUAAUCACAUUAAUGUGAACAUAUUCUUUUUGUACCCACACCAGAUUUGUGAUUGUUUUGUGUACUUAAAGUUGCUUAUUUAUAUAAUUCGUUGCAGAUUCAAGCAACUCAACUGUGCGUUCUGUUGUAGAAUUACAGCCUCAUUCUCUAGCCAAACAGGAGAUUAACAGAAAAUCAGGAACUGUCCAAUAUUAUGUUAGCCAUAAACAACAGCCAACUACUACCCAAUCAAAAAAUCCUAAGAAACUCAUAAAACCUUUAUCCUCCAAACAAAAAGGUGGUAAACAAAUAUCUGAGACUUCUGGGUCGUCACAAAGACCCACACUCUCUGAUCAGGAUGAAACACUAAUAAAUUUGGAAAAGCUGAGGCAAAAGUUGCUUGAAGAGAAGCAAAAGCACAUGGAUGUUCUGAAGCAACAAGAGCUACAGAGACUUCGUAAACAACAGAGAGAACAUUCAUUAGAGUUAGACCAAAAUUACUCAACUUUUCAAAGCAGUACUCCUACACGUGCAUCUGGGAGACCAAGGUCUACUUCAUUGCCAUCAACAAGGACUUCAGACCUCAAAGAAUCUCUGGAUUCAAAUUGUCCCCAUGUGACUGACAGGUCUUCACCUCUCCGUAGACCUCUUUCAAUGCCGCCGGGUGAAAUGUACUCCAUACUUGAGCUCAGUGGAGAAAAUCUUGACCUUGAUGCACAAGACCAUCACACUGAACCAGAGUCUUCCUCUGAUAAAGAGAACCAUGUUGUUCACAUAGAGUCAAGUGUGGCAAGGUUAAGAGAAACUUUAAUUUCUGAACGUCCUGCCAGAAAUGUGCAGACUGUAAUGAAUGAUAAGGAAAACAUACACACAGGCUUCUCAAAGAGGAAUUACAGCCAUAAAAGUUCUGCAGCGUCAAAAGGAAAUCUCAAGGUAACUUAGUGUUAGCCUGAGAAAAACAGCUGACAUUUGGCGACACUACCACUGUCAAAUGACAUCUGCGAAACGAGCGCAGAAAUUCCAUACUGAUGAGUUGUCAAUAUCCAGAUCUGGGGAGUACUUCUGAUUGAUCGUACAGUGUGGGAAAUUUGAUUCAACCAAUCAGAAGAACUACCCAGACCUUGGGAGUGAUGUGUUAUCUGUAUGGAAUUUCUGCGCUCAUUUCUCAGACGUCAUUUGGCGGGGAAUCCAGUGGUAGCAUCGCCAAAUGUCAGCUGUUUUCUAAGGCUAACUUUGUGUUAGACAUCCCAGCAUUUUUCUUAACUUUUCAUGUUAAAAGCAGGCAUGCAAUCAGUCCCCCUUCCAUUAUCUUAAGAUUAUUAAAGCUAAUGACAGUGCAUGAUUUUAAAGCUUGUGGCAUGUAGACCUGGAAAUGCAUGUGGUUGUUUAUGUGACACCAUGCCAAAUCAUCUUAAUAAUAAACAUAAAUAUUUAAGUUUACACACUUUAAAUGUUGACUUGUGCAUGUAUGUCAAUUUUAAACUCCGGUAGUUUUUUCUUAUACAUGAUGUUUGCAUUAUUUUUGCAGUGUGUUGUACUUCCAAUGUUGCUUUGGGUUGUUAACUGUGCCAAUUUACCAUCUUUGUUUUUUUUCAACCGUUUUAUAAACUUAGAUGAUGUUUCAAAAAUCUUACAAGGUCAUAACAGAAUGUUAUUGAGGGUCUUGUUUCAAAUUUUGUUGCAGUUUUUUGAGAGCAAUGGAAGAGACAAGUUUGCUAAACUAUCUGCGCAUGCAAAGGGAUUUUUGACCAGGUGUUUGAUGAAAACAGCCAAAGUACAAGGCCUUAUACAGACCAUCAAGGUAAUAGAUUCACAUGUUCACUGAUGUUGAUUAGUUACCAAUAUUAAUAUUAUAACCUUCAUUCUGACCACUGUUUUUGUGUUGUGGACUAGCAUACCACAGGGUUCUUCUGAAGCCCUGAUAAGUGUUGAAUUGCCAUCUAGUUGUUAUGGAAACACUGGCUACACGCAGAAAAUAAUGUAUUUUAAGGAGGUUAAUAAAUCUGUUGUAUUAAUAAUAUUGUUUCUCAGCACAUCAUUGGAUGAAAAACAGUCAAUAAAUAUCACUUAUGUUAUAGGGUCAUGUAGCAGCUAAAUUUCUUCUCCUGCUCCUUCAUAAUGCACUGAAAUUCACUUUUCAGGGCCCCAAAAUUAUAAUUUUCCCUGGAGAGGUUCCCAGACAGCUAUUUGAAGGGGGGCAGUGGGCAAUUUUUGCCUUCCCAUUAAUUUACUUCCAAACCCUAACUUUUUCUCCUCCUUCUUUAUUUUUUUUUUGAUAACCCUGAGCCUUUGGUAACGUUGUUAAUGGACAAUGAACUAGACCUGCUGUUUUGAAAGUCUAAAAUAUCAGACUGGAUUAAUAUUCUGAUACCUGCUCUGCCAGGCGUAUAAUACAACACCUUGCUAAGUAUGUACAGGUUAAAUGUCAUGCUUGCAGUCAGUGUUCACUGUUUGUCAAAGUUAGGGAUAGUAGGUCCAGUGGAUAGUGAUCAAAAGAUGUAAUCUGGUCUGGGCUGAUGGUUUUAAAAUCAGACCAGUUUAGGGCCCUUGCAUUGUGAAUGAGCCCUUUAUAUUUUUGGGAUCAAAGAGAGUAAAAAGGCAGCAUAGCAUAGCUGGUCAGAGUGUUAGACUUGCGAUUGGCUGGUCUCAUGUCAAGUCUUAAGUCAAGACAAUCUGUUUUUAAGAUACUCUUUUGCUAUAAAAUGCAGCAAUGAAAAAAUUACUUUUCAAUGCCAGGAUACCAAGGAUGUGCUGGCAGACAUAUCAAAAGAGGAUGCACAGUCCAUGCAGGAAAAAAUGUUGAAACAAAAUGUGGAGGGUCACGUAAGUAAACUAUGAGCCAGUAUAACCUUCAUAUUAAAAUGACUUGAUCCUUUGCAUAAAAAAAGCCAUAUUAUAAUACUGCAGUUAAACUUUUUAUUAGUAACCAUGCAAAAUGCCAAGAGUGUUUGGCGGUCACUUAUGCAAGGUUUCAGUUUAACAGUCCUUUGACUGGCUAGACUGAUUUUAUAUUUUGGGUAGGGGAUGGCUUAUUAGAGUUUAUUUUUCUACUUGAGGGUCUCCUAUAACCCUGUGCAAAGUAAUUUCAUGCAAACAAAAAACCAUAAUCGUGCUUCACAAAAAUGGUAUAAUAAUAAUAAUGAUAAUAAUAGUAAUAAUACUUAAAUUAUCCUCUCCCCUUAUGGAGCUCUUAAGGGAUAAUGAAACCAAAAAUAAUUUAAAGGGAACAUAACAUGAUUAAAAACCCCAACUGGUAGGAGGUGAACCAGUUGGCUAUUUAACUAGCAUGGCCAAGGAUUUGAACUCUGGACUACUGCAGGAGAACAAAUCCAGCUAGCCGUCAGGAUAGUAUUUGAACUCGGUGGCUCCGAAUUACAAGUCCAGGUACCCUCUUACUAGAGUUAGUUGCAUGUAGAGGUUCAACACUGUAUUUUCUUUUCUUUUUAGCUCAAGAUUGCCAGGUGUAGCCUUCAUGAUGUGUUCUUUAGUAUUCCUGUGAAAGAGAGAAUGUCUUACAUUGCUCAGUCAAGAAGUCUGGCAAGAGUGAAGCAAGCUAAAAGACCCACCAGGGUAAGGGAUACUUAACUGCUACAAUAUACAGUAACAGUUGGGUCAGGUUAGUUAUUUAUUCACCUGAUUUUGUUGGCUUUACAUCUUAAAUUGAGCAAGUCUUUUUUGACAAAAUCCUAGCCACAUAGCAAACAAACAUCUUAACUGAGCAUAUUAAGUAACACUUUCCCAAUAUUUUGGGCUGUUGUGUUUUGCCAAAAAAAAAUAAAAUAAAAUAAAAGCAAAGACUUUGAGAUUAACCAGGUGAUAGCAACUUAAACACUGAUUCAGAACUUAACACGUGAUACCUACAUAAGAGGUUUAAUACCGUAAAUGACCUAAUGAACGACUGGGCAUUCUGUUUAAUUUUUGGGGUCCAAAAAAAAAAAAAUUUAAAGUAAAAAGUUCAACUUUGAGCAAAAUUAACCAGUUGAAUAUCCAGUUUGUCAAUUAAACAGAUUCAGGACUACAACAAGGAUGGUGGGUUAUUGGUUGCCAUCAUUAGUCCAUCCUUACUUUAAACUUGACAUUGAACAAGAUGAAAAUGACCUGAAAAUAAAAGCCUGAAUGAAUUGAAUGUGCUGUUUAAUUUUGGGGGGUCCAAGCAUUUACUAGAGAGGGGCAUCUAAUAAAAUUUUAAAUAGAUAGAUAAGAGGGGGAAGGUCAUUUAUGAUAUUGCAGUAAAUGCCUGUGGCUUGACAAUGUACUUCAAUAUUGAUUUAUUGACAGAGUUCUGUAGGCCAAUCCAAGCUAUCUGCUGUCACUCUACGAGCAAUCCAGCGGAGACAAGAAGGGUUCAACCAGUAUCCUUCAGUUUAAACUGUAUUGAGACUAAGUAUACUUCUUAUUCUGUAAACAUGUCAUCUGGGGUAAUCAAUGGGAAUCAUGAGGUGAAAUCAAUUAAAACUGGAGUUGGGUUUACCUGGGCCUACAGCCAUGUACCAGGAUUUGAGUAUGUGCCAUUAUUGGCUUGUUCAAAAACUUAUUAUUAAUUUACCAGUCAGGUUGUCCAUGAAGGGAAAUUCAAAAUGCACUUCCAGUAAUUUUUGAGUAUGUAAGAGGCCCUGUACAAGGAUCUUGCCAUCUGCCUCACAGAUGGUACCAACAGGGGCUCGAUUACCUCUGUGACAGAGGCUAGAGUUGGGUAUCAAAAUUUACUGUUCAUUGGAGUGUCAAAGACAUCGAUAACUUUUUGGUUUUUAAACAAACAAUAAAGACUUACUUAUUUAGGAAGGCUUUUGCCUGUUAUAGUUAGAUUGAUAAUUUUACAUUAUAAAUUUUUAAUUUACAUUUAAUUGUGGUGCAGUUUCACUGCUCAGAUAAAUAAUUUUGGCAUGCUGGUAUAUUAUUAUUAUUUAAAAAAAACAAACUGCUCAGAUUAAAAUUUUUAUGGUUGGAAGGCUUCUUGCACUGAAGAACUGGAAGAACUGGAACCACUCUUUUCCAUUGCGCAAGUGUUGUAAAGUGUACAAGCAUUGAACCUUAACUCCUAUUUUACUGAAAGUUCUGUACAACAAACUGAAAAUACAGAAGUGAAGUUAAAACAUGAUCCUCGGGAAGAGAGGAAAAGGAAGAAUUGGAACAUUAGGUCAGUUUGCUUGUUGGUUAAACGUUUUACUUGCAAGUGAUGAAAUGAAAAAUGUGUUUUAGUUUCUGUAAUCCUUGAUCUUGAGGGAAAUGACAGAUCUAUUUGCUGCACUGUAUGUACCAUGUUAAAGCAUUGUGCAUCCUUGCCUCAUAACUUCAGUUUUCUCCACCAAGAAUCAUUUUUGCUGUUAGCUCUUGUCAAGAGUGAAUGACAAGACAAAAUACAAACCAGUGUAAAAACGAGUUUUAUUUGCGUGAGAUUUAGCAUGCAAAUAAAGACUUUGCUGUUAUACUUGUGUUGAAAGGGGGCCUUCAGGUAAUUCAGAAAUAGCCCAUUAUAAUGAUCCCUGCUUUAUUGACUGCUGUCCCUAGUAAGUAGCCUAAGAAAACAGCUGGGCUGGGUUGUUGGAAGCUGGGUUAAGAUAGCCCAGUGUUAGUGUGAAAUUUGAACUCAGAUAUGAUUGCUUAAAAAGCAAAUUUCGUUUUUAAAUUUUUAAAAUUCUCUUUGCCUACAAUUUGAUGAUUGGAUACUCUGAAAAGAAUAGAGAAAAUUAUCCGAGAGAGUGCUUUUGAUAAAAAGAAAAAGGAACCGGGGUUAAAAUUCAACCCUGGGUAAGUGAUAACUGGUCCCAGGCAUUUUGCAACGCCACUGCUGGUUUCCCCAUGAAAAGAUGUCGGAGAAACAAGUGCAGAAUCCAUGGUAGUGACGUACAGUAUAGAAUAAUAUGGGAUUUCUGCAUUCGUUUCUCAGACGUCAUUUCACUGAGAAACAAGCAGUGGUGUUGUGAAAUGUCAUCUGUGUUCUUAAGCUACCUAACAAGCUGACUUAAUCCUUUUUUGCUUCUCUAGGGUACUCAAACCACAGCAGGGACAUACAUCACCACCUCUACCAGACAAGACAAGGUACUGGGUUAUCUAUAUAAUCAUACGGUAGUUAAACUGGCCAUUGCGUGUUAGUAGAAACCAAGCUGCAGUCACCCAUGAGCUAGACUACGAGCAGUCUCUCUUUUUUCUUGGUCCGUCGAGCAAAACUCCCGAGACACGCAAAUGACCACGCGCGUGACUGAAGGCGCGAGACGGGGCCGCCCUCGUUUCUCGCGUCUCGUGGCUUCGCCAUUCAACGCUCGCGCGCGUGCACUCCCCUUACUAAAUCUGAAGAAAAAGAGAGACUGCUCGCAGUCUAGCCAUGAGCAAUUCAUGAUUGGGUAAUUGACCAAUUAGAAGGCGAGAUUUACUUUAUGGUGUUUUAAUGUGUGAAAGAUGGUGAUAGAUAGCUGUCAUUCCUAAUGGCUACUUAUUCAACAAAUAGUUUUGCCAUUUUCUCUGAGGAAGUAGCCUGCUUAGCUGGCGGGAUUGUUAAUAAUGCAUGGGAUUCUUUCUUAGCAGCUGAGCCUUGAGGGAUUUCUGUGAGCUUCAAAGGGAUUUUAACCUGACGUGCUCCCAAUCUUCUCUCGCCACCAUGCUGGCAAAAAACAACAGCAC